GCCGGGCAGCCGGCGCUGAAGUUUGGGCAGCGGCAGCUCGGGCUGAGAGGCGGCGGCGGCGGAACCGGACCUGCACCCGGACCGACCCGAGGCCAGCCCGCUCCCGGCGCCACAAGAAUCGUGUGAAGAUUUGAAGCUCUUUCUACACUGCCUUGCCCCAGUCACCAUAUCAAGCAUGCAUUUGGAGAUCAAAGUGGCUUUAAAUUUCAUAAUCUCCUAUCUGUACAACAAAUUACCACGGCGACGUGCAGACCUGUUUGGGGAGGAGCUGGAGCGGUUGCUGAAACAGAAAUAUGAGGGCCACUGGUACCUAGAAAAGCCCCUGAAAGGAUCUGGGUACAGGUGUGUCCAUAUUGGAGAAACUGUGGACCCCAUCAUUGAGCAGGCUGCAAGGAGGAGUGGGUUGGAUAUAGAAGAUAUUCGAGCCAAUGUUCCGCAAGAAUUGAGCCUUUGGAUUGAUCCAUUUGAGGUGUCCUAUCAGAUUGGUGAGAAAGGGGCUGUGAAGGUCCUCUACAUGGACGACAAUGAGAGUGCAGAAUUGGACAAGGAGAUAAAGAGCAGCUUUAACCCAGAGGCCCAGGUUUUCACACCCAUCACUGACCAGGGCAAUUCUUUGUCUAAUUCCCCAUCUCCAUCCUUUGGGAAUUCUGUGAGCCCCACCUUCAUCCCAAGGUCGACUCAGCCAAUCACAUUCACCACUGCAGCCUUUGCUGCCACCAAAUUUGGGUCCACCAAGAUGAAAACUGGAGGCCGCAGAAUGGCUCGCUCUCCAACCAAUGGCUUGAUUAAGCAGAAGGGGUUGUCCACAUCAAUGCACUCGCUGGUCCUCAGUAGCAACCAGAUUCCACCAUCCUCCCUUUCUCCCAAUGCCAAGGAGUUUGUCUACCCCGGUUCACUGAGCUUGUACUUCGGGAAUGAAAAUCAGUCAUCAUCUGGCCCUGCACAGUUUCCUAAUGCCUUUGAGGUGCCACCAAUCUACAAUAACAACAACCUGGGUGAGAAAGCCCCAUUUGUGGAAGGACUUGACUUCAACUUGAAUACCAUGCAGUAUCCUAACCAGCCAUUUCAGCCAGUUGUCUUGGCAAACUAAAAUAUUUAGUGAAGAACCCUUUCUAUACAUAGAACUCAAAGAAGGCCAACACUAAUAUAUCGUGUUGAAGAGCACUUUGGGAACAGUUUAAAGUUAAGCCUCCAAUCCCACUUUAAUCAUCUCCCAAGUUUUCAAAAUUUUAUUUGAAAUUGUUCGAGUCGCAUACUGCAAUCCAUUGGUAGGUUGUAGGUUUUUUCCAGAGUUGUUGAAACUUGUUUUUUUUGUUGAGAAUUCUAUAUUCCUCCCUUGGGGAAACGUGGCACCAAAAGUCCAUCUUAAAAGUGGAAUACUGAAAUAUUAGAAUACUCUAAAUUUGAGUAAAAUAAAGGUCACAAUAUAUAACUGGUAGUGUUAUCAGUUUUUCACAGCAGUUAGAUUUGGGGCAUUACCUCACACCUGUGCCAGUAUCUAUCUGUGUUUAAUUUUGCACUGUAGUUGGUAAGUAGGAGCUGGAUCAGGGUUGCUAGGAGAAUGCAUUUCCCACUUUUUUUUAAUUGUUGCUAUAGUACUGUGGGAUGAGAAGCCAUUACUGAUGAAUAAGUUUGGCAGGUUCAUAGUGAAGCAGAAUUCUGCCAAAAAGCAUUUUGAAGCAGUGGGAGUGUCUGUCUUAUCCAGUCCAAGCUGGUUGUGGAGUUAUGGCAUUCGUUCUGUUCGCUCUUACUCCUUUCCUUAAAACUCAGCAAGUCUUGUCAACGAGAACACCUCACUCUGCGCUGCAACAGAAUCUGCCAUCAUGGUUAAAGGGCUUUGAAGGUCUUCGUCCAUGUUGAUCUCCUAAUUCAAAUUACUACUGUAUUGUGGCAACUAGCAAAAAAAAACAAUCCUGUGAAGCUGUGCGUCAUGCUCUAAGGACUAAUAACAUUUGGUUGUACUAAAUAACAAGCUCUACAUCGAAGAUCUACAGUACCUGUGUCUUACAGAGAGCCUCCUAUCUCAGAAUGCUGUGGAGUUAGUGAAUGAUUGCAGCAGCAAUUGUGGCGGAAUUGGAUGUGACAGCUGGGCAUUUUCAUCCCAGUGUAAGAUCUUUCCAUAAUUGAAUUUGAACCCUGGAUGUCUGGGUUAUGUCCAUUAUUUUUCAGUUGGGUUCUUUCGAGCCAAGCUAUUUUCUCCUCUUUCUACAAUGCAAAGAGAUGAUGCUGCAGUAGGCCUACUAAAAGUGGCAUCAAGGUUUUAAUCGUGGAAGGGACGCAUUACACUUGGGAUAGCAUGUCUUCUGUAAUGGGUGCUGCAAGAUAUUCACCUCUGAUGCUAGAUGUAGCUAAAAUAAUAAAUGACUAGCUCAAAAAUGUCGGGGGUAUUUGAGUAACCAUGGAACCCAGGCAUUGUCUGAAACUGGUCAGCAAUUAAGUGCAUGAAGCAAAUUAUCUGUUAAACUCUGCUGCACAUUGGGUCCUUGCUGUGGUCCAGCUUUUAGCUGUAGAGUAACAUACCAGGUUUGUGCAUGUCCAAUAGGUUGGUGGAAUCUAAUACAAUAGGAAGGGUGUAAGUGACUAAAUUAUAGUUGAAAUCCUAUAUGGCUAUCCUACCAGUUAGCACCUCGUAGUAAAAGCUAUAUGCUGUCAGUCAUUGAGACGCUUGUAGUAUCUUUUGUCUCCCUUUAGUUUUCAGGUUCCUGACAGUGAAGGAGUGAAUCUGUAAUGCCCAAAUCACUUCUAUAUUCAAAUAGAACUGUGCUGUUACCUAUACUGCUCCCAUGGUAAUAAUCUGAGGACCCAUCUUCCUUUCCAGUAAGAAGCAGUGCAAUGUGUUCUGAGGUUGGUUCUUGCAGUAAGUGCUGUAACUCUGUUUACUGAACUGUUUUUAGUUAAUAGGAUCAUUCUACCUGACAUGAGCUACAGUUAAAUGGUGCUCAGCAUCUGCAUCUUGAGAGAAUGUGACCCUUAAGAACUGUAUUGAAUUUGUCAGAUUCAGGAGUUUGAAGAGGUUGCUGCAGUUAAGAUUUCAUGAAGCCUGUGGUUAGCAGUUAUACUGUAAUGGGUAUCAAGAAUUGUAGUAAGUGGCGAUGUAGGUCAAAGAUCUUGUUGUAUCUCAGAGUUUUGUAUUGAAAGUCGUUUCAAAGGAGCUACAGUCAUCUUUAAAGGGAUUUGACAUUCUUUGAAGUGAAGUUAUUGUAGAACAUGUUUGAGUACUCAUCUAGACACAAGGACAUGUGCAGCAGUGUUUACUUUGCAGUUCAUUACAAAAAAACUUCAAGUAUUGUCCUUGAGGGAGAGAGCAAUAUUUAAUUUGGUGUAUUUCCAACAUGUCUUAGAUGACCAGCCUGGUUAUAUUGGUCCCAGAGAUGAAUAGGGGUGGCAGUGAAGAGAUUCAGUGUGAUAAAUAUUUUGUCCUAAUAUUUCAGAGUUGUUCCAUUUUGCUGCAAUAUUUGACCAAAUUAAAAAGGUUUGUUAGAACAGUUAAUUAGGUUUAGUCUUAGAAAAGAAUGAAGUGGGGUUUGCAUAUCAAAGGAAGCACUUGCAUAUAUUCAUAAUAUGUAUACAAGAGGACUUGCGGUGUCUAUAACCCACAAGAUUUGGACAUCCUCUAUUCACCCCCAGGAUAUUCUUGACCUCAUACUAGCUCUCUUCUGCUCCUUGCGCAUCCCAUUUUACCCACUGAUCAAACUGUAAGCAGCUUAUUCCAAACCACCCUUGAAGAGAAUUCAUUUUAAUGUAUUCUGAAAGCCUUCCUAGAAUAACUGAGUUGGUGAUUCAGCAGGAAAGAUGGAUGACCAAAGCUCUUUAUUUGACUUUGGGAUUUGCCAGAUGUGAAUAGUUUGUACUGUUCUGAUAUAUUACUGGUACUAAAAGUUGGGAGAGAGUCUCGCGAGCUAGAGCUAUGCUUGAUCAGCUUGGUUGUUUAAAAACCAUUUUUUUUCCUCUAUCACAAGCCACUCCUUUCAGCAAAGGAGGGGGAAUGCUUGUAGACCUCUUCUGACACUGCUCUGCGGCUUUCUAUUAGAUAAUGCAAGAAUCUCCUCUAAUUUAUUUCCCUGUUUUUUCUGUGGUAGUUGUGCUGGUUUCUUUUGCAUCCUACCCAAGCAGUGCAGUUAAAAUGGGAGAAAAAGCUGGCUUCAAACUAGCAGUUAAUAAAGCUUGCCAGAGGUUUACAAUCUGCACAAGUACAUGUUUCAGACAGGAACACUAUCCUUCCAAUAAUUUAUAAUAUUUAUGACACUCCCCACAAUAUAGUAACUAGCUGAUGAAGUUUGCUAAUGGUCUACUUGAACUGACCACUAAAAGUUGCCUGGAAGUAUCCCUGGUGACAGAUUUACUACAUUGAAGUGACUGUUUGUCCAACUUGCUUUUGUUUUCCCCUUGAUGGUGUGCUGUCACUUUGAGCUUCAGAGCCAGUGCAGCCAAUUUGGGGCAAUGCUGGUGAUCAGUACCAACACCUAAUACAGUAUUCACGGGAAAAGGUGACCCAGAUUAAAGCUGCUUUAUACCUUCUGUCCUCUUUCUGAUUUUCAAUUUGAAGGAGUCCUAUAUUUGUAUAUGGUUCUAGCAUUAAAAUGUUUCUGAACUACUUGAUUGAUGUUGCAAUUCCACCUGGUUAGUACUGUGGCUUGAAACCUCAAACACAAUUUGAACACAGCCACUUAAAAAAAGUAAAUGUUAUGAUCAAGGGUAAUAUAAAGAAGUCCUAAAGGACUAGAUGAAUACAGCUAUCUGUUUUAGUAUUUAUCUUGAAUGGUGGUGGGAGUCCUGAAGUUAUUAAGCUUUAACCAAUUAAAUUGAGUUUAAGUCUUGAGCUUAGAGUAAGGGAACAGAGGACUAACCAUACAUUCAAGUUGCAACUGCUGUAUAAUCUGCUUGGCCACUCUUUCAGCAAAUCCAGAUUAUCAUAACCCUCUUUUGGCUGAGUCAUUAUUGUUCAGUGUACCCAUACUGCGAUUAAGCUCCACUGCCAUCUCAACCUUGUCUAAUCAUCAGUAACCCAGAACCCAAUACAUAAUGCUGGAACUAUUGAUUUUUGAGCUAAUGUGCAUCUUGUGCUGUUAUCCCAAUUUACCAAACACUACAGUAAGACUUGGACUGCUAAAACUGAUAAUUUUAGCAUUGAAGUUGGUAUGUCCUGACUGACUUUCCUUCUCCCCCUGCCCCAUAUCAAAAUGGCUUGCUGUUUGUUAAUCCGAACUGUUUGGGUUUAACAUACAUGCACCCUGAAAUGCAAAUGCCACAACUGCCUAUAAGUUACAACUCGUGUUUCUGAAAUUGAAGAUGGUCACCCAAAUUGUAUGUUUACAAACAAGGGUUGCAUUUAAACACAAUUCAAAAUCUGCAUUUUAAAAAAUUUUCUCUGGCUUGCUGGAAUUUAGUUGAGUAACUUUUAAUUUUAAAAAAGCACGGCAGGAAAUGUGCACUUUUGUGGUGUAGAAAGGAAUAUGGAGGGAAUGGUGGUGGUUAAAGGACCAUUGUAAAUUUUGUUCUGUUCACAUUCUAGGGACACCUUUCAAGCUUUUGACUUAAAGUAAAAACAAUCCCUACGCUCCCUGCUUGUGUCCAGUGACCAUUUAGUGUUCACUGUGUUCUUCCAAAGUUUGAAGGUUGGCAUCCUGCUGCUAUUGGGGGAAAGUUUUCAGAUUGCCAGUUAAAUAUUGGUGGGAAAGUUUGAACAAAGGCUGGAAAUGGCACACUUUGGCUGUCUGCCUCAUGAAUCGCAGUGGAAGAAUAUGCAGCCCUAAACUGGGAACAAUAGGGCAAUACAGAACAGCAAUUUAACUAUCAACAGAAGGCAGAUUUGACCUUGGGUCUUGAGGCCCUGUGGCCAAAAUAGCAGCUUAAGAUCAAUGAGCAGCCUUGUCUUUGAUACCUGGCCCUCUUUCUCCAUCUCAACCCUCACUGUGACACAUCCUACAAGACUCGUAACCUCCUCGAAAAAUCAUCACCAGGUAUCUGGGCCCUUCAGUCAUUAAUGAAGGAGUAAAACUUGCCCAAGCAGAGGUUCAUUUAGAGUGUCAAGGAUCUGAUCUGCCUGGCACAUGAUGGAUCAGUUGAACUACUGUACCAGACACUACACUGAGACUGGUGCUUCUGGGCAGCCUUAGUGGCCAUGACUAAGUUCUGCCUAUCAGUUAAGGGAUGGGAACAAAUUUAGGAAAAAAAAUCUAGUUGUGAGGUAUAUAAUUGGUUUCAAUUUCUGGAUGACUUCAUGGUGUCUCUGUUUCAUAAGGUUUUUAGAUGUGGUGUUAAGGGCAAGAGAAACUGGUAAUUUUUGUUAAAAUUAUUGCCUUUUGAGGACUUUUUCCUUCCUUCCCUGCCCCUCCCUUCCCCCCACCAACCCCCACCCACCCCCCACCCCAAGUGUUCUUCAUUGAGGUGAUGUGAUGUAUUAUGCAGAUGUUAGCCUUUCUUUACUUGAACAUAAAAAAACACUGCUUGGUUUUAUUUUUAUUUUUUAAAAAUUUGGCACUAACUGAUCGGAAUCUUAAGUUUCUUUGGUUUCCUUUGCUUGAAUAAUUUACUAUGUUUGUAAAGGUUAAGAGUAUAUAUUUCUAAUGUACAUUAUUGUAAUUUCAUUUCAGAUUUCAUAUGCAACAAAUUAUUUUUUCAAAAAAAUUGAAAACAGAUAUUGACAUUGUAUGCUUCAGAAAAAGUAAAAGCGAUGGCAGGAUUUUUUCAAAUUAUGUACAUUUUACUUUUUUGAAAGGAAUGGUUAUUUUCUGUUAAGGAAAGCGGAUGCAAAUAAUUCCUUUUAUUGUAGACUGAAAAAUAUCCCAAUUUUCUACUUUGGAACAUUGUGCAAUACUUGCUUGACGCUAAGAUGUUUUUGCAGAUUUGUUGUAGGUGAGGUCAGAGCUGUAUAGUUUAUAAUGUUCCGGAUCUUUUUUAAGUUUGUAUUAAAAGCAUGAAAAUUGG